AUGAACCAAGAAGAGCCUUAUUAUUCCGGUGCAAGGGCAAGCUGUCAUAAAAACGAGGUCUACGUGAGUGGACGUGAAAAAUAUUGCUCUCAUAGAAAUUCCUUGAAGCUGUCUCAAUGGUACGAUGGGAAGAAAAUAUUUAUAACAGGAGCAACGGGAUCGAUGGGAAAAGUUCUUGUGGAAAAAUUGCUACGAUCUACGAAUGUAAAAAUUAUUUAUAUAUUAAUUCGAUCGAAACGAGGACAAUCAGUUGAAGAAAGAUUAAAAAAAUAUUUUUCAAUUCCACUUUUUGAUUUGCUUAAAUCGAAAUCUCCAAAAUCGCUUGAUAAAUUACGUUUUAUAUCCGGUGACUUGAAAAAGGCGAAUUUAGGAAUAAACGAAGAUGAAUUAAUUGUCUUACUAAAGGACGUCGAUGUUGUUUUCCACAUGGCAGCAAACGUUAAAUUUCAAGAACCUCUUAAAGAAACGGUCCUCACCAAUUUAGGUGGAUCUUAUAACGUUUUGGAGUUAGCAAAAAGAUUUAAAAAUUUAUCCGUUUAUAUUCAUGUAUCCACAUCUUAUUGCCAUGUAAAUGAAGAAAUUUUAGAAGAAAAAAUGUAUCCCGCUCCUCAUAAUCCAAGAAAAAUGUUAGAUUUAGUUCAAUGGAUCAAUGAAAAUACUCUUAAUAAAAUAACACCGGAUAUAAUUAAUGGUUAUCCCAACACUUACGCUUAUACAAAAUCACUUACUGAGGAAUUGGUUGGGGAAUAUUCUUCGUUUAUGAAAAUAGCAAUCUUAAGACCAUCAAUUGUUACAGCAUCACUUUCUGAACCAUUUCCUGGUUGGGUUGACAAUUUAAACGGUCCAACAGGUUUAAUGAUUGGUUGUGGUAAAGGAAUAAUUAGGUCGAUGUUAUGUAAUGCUCAAUCAGUAGCAGAUUUAGUGCCUGUUGAUAUAACUAUUAAUAGAAUGAUCGUUAUCGCUAAAGAAUUAUCAAAUAUUGAACUAUUAAAAGAACCUUUAAUUAUAAAUUUAACAGGGGAUGCUGACAACUCAAUAACUUGGGGGGAAACUUUAGAAUUUUCUAAAAAGCAUGUUUUAAAUAAUCCAUUCUCAAUUAUGUUGUGGUAUCCUAAUGCAACGUUAAGAACUUGUAGGUUUUGUCAUGUUUUGAUUGUUUAUUUGUUCCAUUUGGUUCCGGCUUAUUUUAUUGAUUUUUUAUUUAGAAUUAUUCCCUUGUAA